GGGGCGCGCGCCGGGCGGCACCGGGGGGACCCCAGGGCUCCCAGGUGGCGCAGGCACAGCCGCGGUGCCCCGGGCGGCACUGACGGGCUCGCCGGACACGUGCCUCUCCGCACCCCCCUGGCACCCGCUGCCCACCAUGGACCCCCAGAGCGACACAGGGCCAGAGGGGCCGGGGCUGGAGGGGCCGGGGCUGGAGGCAGCGGGGCCAGAGGCUGCAGGGUUGGACGCGGGACUGGCGGCAGCACGGGAGCGGCAGCUGCAGCGGGAGCUGGUGGCCCUGAAGCAGCAGCAGCAGCUCCAGAAGCAGCUGCUCUUCGCCGAGUUCCAGAAGCAGCACGAGCACCUCACGCGCCAGCACCAGGUCCAGCUCCAGAAGCACCUCAAG